UUCGGCCGCGAGGGCCGCGGUUCGCGGCGGUGCGCGGCGGUGCGCGGCGGUUCGCCGCGGGUGGGCCCCGCAUUCAUGAGCGCUGAGGCGGGGAUGACGGUGGAGGCCUUCUUUCGGCUGCCGGAUGGCAAGCAGAGCUUCAGCCCCUUCGACGGCCAGUGCCAGGAGGCCUUCGUCUCGGGGCUGGACGUCCUCUUCGACUUCGGGAUUGUCCAGCACGUGCCGUGGACCUGGGUCACCGCCGUGGACGGCAAGCCCAUGGCACCCCAGGAGACCCAGGACGCCCCGCAGGCCCGGCGGGAGGAUCCCACCACCGCUUCCAGCGGCGAAGAGGAGCGAGACGCACGGGACCUGGAGAAGGAAGAGGAGCUGAGGCGGCAGAAGGAGGAGCAGGAGAAGCGGCACAAGCUGCUGAGGUUGGGCAAGUACCUGCAGACCAAGAGCAUGCACAUCUUCCGGAAGGACGCGCAGGCCAUCCGCCGCGAGCACGCGGAGAAGGUGAGGCAGCAGGAGGAGGAGCAGCGGAAGAAGGAAGCCGAGACCAUGCGCAAGGAGGAGGAGCAGCGGCGACGGGAGCAGCAGGAGCAUCAGAGGAAGCUGCGGGACGAGAAGGAGGCGCGCCGCAAGGCGGAAGAGGAGCGGCGGAACGCCAUCGAGGAGAAGAAGCGGGAGAAGCUGCAAGCCAAGGCGAUGAUUGCUCAGAAGGAGUCCGAGCGGCAGGCAGAGGAGGAGCGGAAGCGGCAGGAGAAGCUGGAGCAGGAGCGCCAGCGGCGGCUGGACUUGCAGAGGCAAGACGAGGCAGAGUCGAGGGCCCGGGAGGAGCAGCGCAGACAUCAAGAACUGCAGCGGAGAGAGUUGGCACGAGUGAGGGUGGAGCAGAAGAAGGAGGAGGAGGCCAAGCGCCGCGAGCGCCUGCUGGCCCGGAAGCAGGGCUACUCCUGGCGACAGGAGGUUGCGGAGGCACAGAAGCAGAGGCAAGGAGACGGAGAGGACGUCGGCGAGGAAAAGGAGAAGGAGCAAGAGGAUGCCGCGGACAAGCGCAGGGCGCAGAUCGAGAUGGAGAGGAAACGGCGCGAGGAGGAAGAGAUGCGACGGAAGACCGCGGACUCCGUCCCAGCCAGUGAGACCUACGAGGAGAAGAAGCAGCGCUUGAUGGCGUUGGCAAGGCAAAAGCGGGAGGAAGUGGCAGCAACCGCCAAGUCGAGGCUUGCGAAGAUCAAGUUCAACGGCGAGAGCGACGAGGACUCAGACGAGGUGGAUGACUUCAUGAUCUCAGCGCGGAAGCAGAAGGAGCAGGAGAAGAAGAAACAGGAGAUGGAGAAGCCAGAGGUCGGGGAGGAGGAGCGGCGCCGGGCCGCGGAGGCGCGGCUGGCAAGGCUGGCAGGGCUGAGGCAGAGGAAGCUGAAGCUCCAGGCGGAGCCGGAUGCUGCGCCGGCUCCGAACGAGUCGGCGCAGGUUUCGGGCAAAGGGGCAGUGGAGGAGCCGGCGCCGACUGACUCAGCGCCAGCUGAGCCAUCUGCGCCCGACACCAACGAGGAGUCAGCUCCGACUGCGGAGCCCGCGGCAACUGUGGAGCCAGCGCCGACUGUGGAAGCAGCGGCGACUGCGGAGCCAGCUGUGCCCGACACCAACGAGGCGGAGCCGGACGCUGCGCAGGUGCAGGCAGAGUCGGCGCUUGACAUUCCGGGCGACUCAGCAGUGGCCGAAGUGGAGGAGUCAGCUCCGACUGCGGAGCCUGCGGCAACUGUGGAGCCAGCGCCGACUGUGGAAGCAGCGGCGACUGCGGAGCCAGCUGUGCCCGACACCAACGAGGCGGAGCCGGACGCUGCGCAGGUGCAGGCAGAGUCGGCGCUUGACAUUCCGGGCGACUCAGCAGUGGCCGAAGUGGAGGAGUCAGCUCCGACUGCGGAGCCUGUGGCAACUGUGGAGCCAGCGCCGACUGUGGAAGCAGCGGCGACUGCGGAGCCAGCUGUGCCCGACACCAACGAGGCGGAGCCGGACGCUGCGCAGGUGCAGGCAGAGUCGGCGCUUGACAUUCCGGGCGACUCAGCAGUGGCCGAAGUGGAGGAGUCAGCUCCGACUGCGGAGCCUGCGGCAACUGUGGAGCCAGCGCCGACUGUGGAAGCAGCGGCGACUGCGGAGCCAGCUGUGCCCGACACCAACGAGGCGGAGCCGGACGCUGUGCAGGUGCUGGCAGAGUCGGCGCUUGACAUUCCGGGCGACUCAGCAGUGGCCGAAGUGGAGGAGUCAGCUCCGACUGCGGAGCCUGCGGCAACUGUGGAGCCAGCGCCGACUGUGGAAGCAGCGGCGACUGCGGAGCCAGCUGUGCCCGACACCAACGAGGCGGAGCCGGACGCUGCGCAGGUGCAGGCAGAGUCGGCGCUUGACAUUCCGGGCGACUCAGCAGUGGCCGAAGUGGAGGAGUCAGCUCCGACUGCGGAGCCUGCGGCAACUGUGGAGCCAGCGCCGACUGUGGAAGCAGCGGCGACUGCGGAGCCAGCUGCGCCCGACACCAACGAGGCGGAGCUGAACGCUGCGGAGUCGGCGCUUGACAUUUCGGGCGACUUAGCUGUGGCCGAAGUGGAGGAGCCAGCUAAGACAGCGGAGCCCACACCGAUUGUGGAGCCAGCGCCGACUUUGGAGCAGACUGCGGAGUCAGCUGUGCCCGACACCAACGAGGAUCCAGCACUGACAGCAGAUCCUGCGCCGACUGUGGAGCCAGCUCCAACUGCGGAAGCAGCUCCGACUGCGGAAGCAGCGGCGACUGCGGAGCCAGCUGUGCCCGACACCAACGAGGUGGAGCCGGAUGCCGCGCUGGUGCAGGCAGAGUCGGCGCUUGACAUUUCGGGCGACUCAGCAGUGGCCGAAGUGGAGGAGCCAGCACCGACAGCAGAGACAGCGCUGACUGUCGAGCCUGCGCCGGACACGGAUGAGGCCAUCCGCCGUCGGCUACACGCCUUCCUGGCUCAGGGCAGGCAGGAAGCCGAGAGGUUCCAGAAGCUCGGCAUUGUGCAGGCUAAAGGGGUGGAUCCGGAUGUGCUGAGGAGCACCCUGCUGGACCUUCUGGAGAAGAAGCGAUUGGAGAAGCUGGACACCGUUUUGAGCCGAAAGUGCCAGUUGCUGGAGCUCCUUGCGAGAAAGCGAGACGACAUUGCCAGCGGCAUGCGCACGAGCCUGGACGACGAAGAUGAUGAGGCUGAGCUGGGUGAGCUUCGAAAUCGCUUUCACGCAUUCUUGCAAGAGCACGGCCGUGUCUCCGAAGCCAGCCGGCGCCUGCAGAAGACGCCGGCCUGGGCCGCGAGGAUCGGCCUGGAAUCGAAAGAAAGUAGCUCUGCAGAGGCAGAGAAGAUGAAUCAAACAACUGCAAAGGCCAGGCUUGCAGAGGAGAAGCAUGCCAAGGAGGCAGUGGCUGCAGCGUCUGCAGAAGCCAAGCGUGUGGAGGAGGAAGAUCGCACCAAUGAGGCGGCGGAGGCAGCCAGGAAAGCGGAGGAAGAGCGCUUGGCUGCAGAAGCAGCAGCUGCGGAAGCCAGGCGUGCGGAGGAGGAACAGCGUGCCAAGGAGGCAGCGGAGGCAGCCAGGAAAGCGGAGGAAGAGCGCUUGGCUGCAGAAGCAGCUGCAGAAGCCACGCGUGUGGAGGCGGACCAGCGUGCCAAGGAGGCAGCGGAGGCAGCCAGGAAAGCGGAGGAAGAGCGCUUGGCUGCAGAAGCAGCUGCAGAAGCCAGGCGUGUGGAGGAGGAACAGCGUGCUAAGGAGGCAGCGGAGGCAGCCAGAAAAUCGGAGAAAGAGCGCUUGGCUGCAGAAGCAGCUGCAGAAGCCAGGCGUGUGGAGGCGGACCAGCGUGCCAAGGAGGCAGCGGAGGCAGCCAGGAAAGCGGAGGAAGAGCGCUUGGCUGCAGAAGCAGCUGCAGAAGCCAGGCGUGUGGAGGAGGAACAGCGUGCCAAGGAGGCGGCGGAGGCAGCCAGGAAAGCGGAGGAAGAGCGCUUGGCUGCAGAAGGUGCAGCUGAAGCAGAAGCUGCAGAAGCCAGGCGUGCGGAGGAGGAACGGCGUGCCAAAGAGGCAGCGGAGGUAGCCAGGAAAGCGGAGGAAGAGCGCUUGGCUGCAAAAGCAGCUGCAGAAGCCAGGCGUGUGGAGGAGGAACAGCGUGCCAAGGAGGCAGCGGAGGCAGCCAGACAAUUGGAGGAAGAGCGCUUGGCUGCAGAAGCUGCAGCUGAAGCAGCAGCUGCAGAAGCCAGGCGUGUGGAGGAGGAACAGCGUGCCAAGGAGGCAGCAGAGGCAGCCAGGAAAGCGGAGGAAGAGCGCUUGGCUGCGGAAGCUGCCGCAGCUGCAGAAGCCAAGCGAGUGGAGGAGGAACAGCGUGCCAAGGAGGCAGCGGAGGCAGCCAGGAAAGCGGAGGAAGAGCGGUUGGCCGCACAAGCUGCAGCUGAAGCAGCAGCUGCAGAAGCCAGGCGUGUGGAGGAGGAGGAGCGUGUCAAAGAGGCAGCGGAGGUAGCCAGGAAAGCGGAGGAAGAGCGCUUGGCUGCAGAAGCAGCUGCAGAAGCCGGGCGUGUGGAGGAGGAACAGCGUGCCAAGGAGGCGGCGGAGGCAGCCAGGAAAGCGGAGGAAGAGCGCUUGGCUGCAGAAGCAGCUGCAGAAGCCAGGCGUGUGGAGGCGGAACAGCGUGCCAAGGAGGCAGCGGAGGCAGCCAGGAAAGCGGAGGAAGAGCGCUUGGCUGCAGAAGCCAAGCCGGCUGAGGAGGAUGCCUCUCAAGUCAGAGAAGCGAAGAAAGCAGAGCUGAAGAACCGUUUGGUCAACUUGCUACACCGCAAGAAAGCUGAAGGAGCGUCUGGUACAGCGAAGACGCCUCAGGCGGAGCCAGAGGCCCCGCCGGCGCUGAAAGACGAGUCGGCGUUUGAGACUUCGCCCGAAUCAGGGGCCAAAGCAGAGGACGGCGACAACUCCACGGAGCCAACGCCAAAGGUGGUCGGAUCCCGGCCAGUGGUGCCGGAUACUGACGACCAGGCGGAGCCGCACACCGCAGCGGCGCCGAAAGACACGUCGGCGCUUGAGACUUCACCCGAGCCGGGGGACAAAGUGGAGGACGGCAACGGCCCGGAGCCAGUGCAAAAGGCGGCAACAGCCCGGCCAGUGGUGCCGGAUGCAGACGAGGACUCCUCUCAAGCCCGAGAAGCAAAGAAGACAGAGUUGAAAGACCGCUUGAUCAACUUGCUGAACCGCAAGAAAGCUGAAGGAGGAUCUGGUACAGCCAAGACGCCUCAGGCGGAGCCAGACGCCUCGCCAGAUGUUCCGGAUACCGAUGAGGACUCGGACAGCAGCGACAGCGACGACCUUGCGAGCGACGACUCGGGCGAGGACUCGGAGGCUCCCCCGCGGCCCCCGACGCCCGUGCCGGCGCGGGCGCGACCGCUCGCGGCGCGGCCGGCAGUGCCGGACAGCGACGAGGACGAUUCCUCUGACUCCGACCCCGGCGGCUUUCUGAACAUCGUGAAGGGCAUCCAGGCUCAGACCCGGAAGGGGGAGAAGGACGCCCAGGAGCCCAAGGAGUCCAAGUCCAAAGCCAAGGCCAAGGCCAUCAAGAAAGACCAGGCCUUUGAGCUGGAAAAGGACCGGAAGGAGGCAGCAAAGAGGACUUUAGAGCUCAUGGAGGCGAGGCGCAUGGUGGAAGUGGCCAUGGAGGGCGAGGACUCCAAGAAGAAGAAGAGCCGCAAGAGGAACAUCGUCAACAAGCGGUGCAGCGUGCAUCUCAUCAGGCAGAAGAUGGAUGAAGAGCUUGCGGCACAGGAGCGCGGGCCCCGGUACGUGAACAACGUGGCUGUCUUUGUGAAGAAGGGCCAGAAAGACAUCGACGCCAACGAGGCAGAGGUUCUGGUGAAGAAGGACGAGAAGGAAAAGGCGAAGAAGGCGAAGGAGAAGGAGGAGAAGAAAAAGGCCAGCUGA